GCCUACCCCCGCGCACCCCCCGCCACCACCGCGGCCCCCCCUCCCCUCAAAACCCAACUCCCCUCACCGUCGACUAACGUCCCACCUCCCGCUCUGGCGUGCGUUUGUCUCUCCCUCCGCGGACGCCUCAUACACUCGCUUCCCUUCUUUCCCUCCUUCUCUCUCUCUCUCUCUGUUUGUCGGCGACCAUAACUAAUUUUUCAGCUACUGCAGGUUCUGAACAUCGUCAUACUAUCCAAGAUAGAGGGUAAAGUCAAUUAAAUUAUCUGUCUGUUAGCAAGGUUGGAGGGUUGAGUUGUCUCUCAGUAAGUUCAGAGGUGACUGGGUUGGAUGAGUCUUUCAAUCUGGUCUGAAUCAGAUUGAAAGUGCUAUCUGGUUCUUUUUGGGGCCUGACUGAGCUUGUUUUUAUUUUAAUUGCUUCAUUCUAGUGUUUGGGUUCCAUAGUGGUUUUCUCUCGAGCUACAUAAUCCAUUCAUAUGGGUUUUGCCAAUGUCACGGAUAUUCUCCCUCAGAAGAGCAUUUGCUUGGGUUUUGUGGAGAUAAAGAGGCCUGCAGCUCAUGAGUUUCUGAAGUUCGGAUAUCAACCUUUUCGACAUGUUGGACAGAGAACAUCAAGGAUUUUUGCUUGUAAUACUCAGGAAUCCGGUCAUCCUUCUAAUACAUUCAAGAAAUAUGAUCGACAUCGUCAAAAUGUUGAUCUCCCACCCAUACUUCCAAAGAAUAAAAAGAAACCUUUCCCUAUCCCCAUAAAAAAGUUGAUACAGUCUGCUAGACAGGAUAAAAAACUGGCAGAAAUGGGAAUAGAGAAGCCACUUGAGCCCCCAAAGAAUGGGUUGCUGGUACCUGAUCUUGUUCCUGUUGCCUAUGAGGUACUGGAGCAUUGGAAAGUGCUGAUCAAAGGCCUCUCCCAGCUUCUGAAUGUUGUUACAGUUUAUGGCUGUAGCAAAUGUUCUGAAGUCCAUGUUGGUCCAGCUGGCCACCGGAUUCAGGACUGCAGAGGCACUGGAAGUGAGCAGCGCAGGAACCAGCACUGUUGGGUUCGAGGUUCCAUCAAUGAUGUUCUUAUCCCCAUUGAAUCAUACCACCUCUUUGACCCCUUUGGCCGGCGCAUCAAGCACGAGACUCGUUUCAAUUAUGACCGAAUCCCAGCAGUUGUAGAGCUAUGCAUUCAAGCAGGGGUUGAUUUGCCAGAAUAUCCUUCACGCCGACGGACCACUCCCAUUCGAAUGCUUGGGAAAAAGGUGAUCGACAGAGGUGGAUAUGUCCAUGAGCCCAAGCCAUAUGGAGCAGAAGAUUGUAUGUCACUGCUUGCAGAGCUUGAUACCUAUGGAGCGCAAGCCGGUCAGUCGCCCUUACCAUCUGACACAAGAAAGCUUGCGGAGAGGACUCUAAAAGCAUACAGCACGGUGAGGCGGGGUGUACGGCAGCUGAUGAAGAAGUACACUGUGAAGGCCUGUGGGUAUUGCUCUGAGGUCCAUGUGGGCCCAUGGGGACACAAUGUGAAGCUUUGUGGGGCCUUCAAGCACCAGUGGAGGGAUGGUAAGCAUGGGUGGCAGGAUGCCACAUUGGAUGAGGUGAUACCCCCGAACCAUGUCUGGCAUGUACGAGACCCAAAUGGCCCACCCCUAACAACUGCACUCAAGAGAUUUUGUGGCAAAGCUCCUGCAGUGGUGGAGGUUUGUGUGCAGGCAGGGGCAGAGAUACCUGAAAGUUACCGGCCUAUGAUGCGGCUGGACAUUGUGCUUCCAGACUCUGAAGAAGCUCGACUGGUGGCAUGAGAUUGAAUGGUUGCUAGAUGAAUAAUGACCUUUGCUGAUAGAAGGUUGGAAGAUGAUCUGGCUAUCAAUCAGCCCCUUGCGAAAAUUCAGUGGUUGAGUUUGUUAGUACUCAGUCCUCUUAGUGGGCAUUUAUUUUUGGUCUUAACUGUUCAAGAUUGUAAGUUUCUCUUUCUGACCUCUGUAACCCUGUCGGUGGUUCGUUUGUCUCAGAAAUCAUUUUCUGUGUGCAUUAGAUUUGGUGCAUGUAACUUGCAUAUAGGUUUUUCACAGUACAUUGUACAUCUGUCUUGGAAAGAAAUGGUUAUGCUUACAAUAUUAUAUGACACGCACUUUGCAAAGAAA